AUGUUGCCCUUGGUAGAGUACUGUGGCAUUGCAAUUCACAGCAACCUCAAACUCUUGCCUUAAAUGAUUCUCUUGCUUCAGCUUCCCAAGUAGCUGGGACUACAGGCGCCAGCCACAACGCCCGGGUAUUUUUUUGUUGUUGUAGUUGUCAUUGUCUGGCAGCCCCAGGCUGGGUUUGAACCCACCAGCCCUGGUGUAUGUGGCCAGUGCCCUAGCCACUGAGUUAUGUGUGCUAAGUCCCUCAAACAUUUAUUUAGAGUGAGUUACUAUGUACAAAGAACUGCACUUAGAGUUGGGAGAGACACAGAGGUUUGAGAUGCAAUUCUUCUCUUUUAGAAGGCAUAGUAGCUAUUAUAGAGUUAACUAAGCGUUUUACUUUUGGUUUUUCCAUUCUCAAAAAACUUUCCUAUCUGCUUUUUAUUUCUCUUUAAAUCUUUCUUAAUUAUAUAAACUAUCUGUGUUUCAGAAUCAGCAUAUAGUGCCUGGAUAGAAUGCUUUGCCCCUAGCAGCAUCCAUCAUUUAUUUGAUGCACUGAGAUAAACAGCUUGUCCAAUUUUAAUUCCUGUGUGGUUAGAAAAUAGCUGAAUUAGAAACUGAGAGACACAUUUAGAGACUACUGCUGAAUGCUGCAGCUGCAAGAAUCUCUUUAAAAAGCAUAAAAUCUGUUACAUAAAUUAUGUACUCUUUAAACUCUCUUCCAUGUUCAUUUAUACAAUUGAUCACUGAAACUGCUUUAGAAAUAUGUGUAUCAAAUAUUUAGCAUAUUUUUAAAGCUUCUUUAAUAACAUCACUAAUAAGUGGAUGCAAUUUUGUGUUUAUUUACUACAAACACCUAUGAAUAUCAGAUAACCUAAUUAUAGUUCAUCAACAUUACCUUUGAUUCAUUCCAAUGGAAAUGUUCUUUCUCACUGCAUUCAUAUUGUUUGGUGCAUAAGCAUGGAAAACAGCAGAUUGUUUCCCAUGAUCAUAGAUUUUAAAUAUUUACGUGGUAGUACUACAUAAUUUAGUACAUUGGAGCUGGAGAGCAGUUUGUAGGGUAACUGAUUCCAUGACAGAGUUACAGAAUAUAAUUUUCUUCUGUGACUGCUACCUGAAGCUGCAAAAAUAAAAGCAUUCUACUCCUUCCCUCCCACCAAUUAAAACUUGUCAUGGUAAAUCCAACAAUUUAAUUUUGUGUAAUUAUCUAUUUAUUUUUAACAAUCUGAGCACUGUUUCUCAUGCCCUGUUAAUGAGCAAUAUCAAAAGUAAAACAUAAUCAUUUUUGUAAUCCAAGUCUUUAUGGAAGUCUUUAUGCAUGUUUUCUCUUCUAAAAAAUCAGAAGAGUUCUUUCUGUAUUUCAAAAUAUAAAACCAUAGGAUAUUUAAUCCGGCCAGAAAACAACUAUUUUGUUUUCUCGUUAUAAUAAAUGUUGCAUUUGUCAUCGAGUCAUACCUUUUGUUUGGUUAUUUGGUUCCCUCACUACAUGAAUAGAAAAUAAAUAGGUGUUAACACCUGUUUUUUUUUUUUUUUUGGCCAGGGCUGGGUUUGAACCCGCCACCUCCGGCAUAUGGGACCAGCGUCCUACCCCUUUGAGCCACAGGCGCUGCCCUAUAACACCUGUUUUUGUGAGAAUAAUAUAAUAAAACAAUUCAAACCACUGAACACGUCACGGAGUUGAACAACUUGCAUCCUAGAAGGCUUCCGUUCCCUUGUGGUUCCCAUAAACUGGUAGUACAGACUUUUUAGCCUUUUAGUAUAAUCUCCUAUACAAUUCGGGAACAUGUUUGGUAGUCUUUGCUCCAAAAAACUCUGCAGCACUGCAAAACGACAUAGCAUUACAUUUUGCAUAAUUUAGUAAUUCUCUUGACAUCCCUUAGAAGAUAGUGAAGAUAACGCACAUAAAAAGUCUCCUCAGACAGUCCUGUUUUGAUCCUUGAAAAUAAUCUGAAAGCAGAAAACUGCACACAUCCCUUGAUGUUUUAUAAGUAACCCACACUCCUACCUAUAGCUUGGCUUGAACACCUUCCUAACAGGGUAAGGAGGCACAGUCGAAUUUCAUCCAAGCCGGGUUCGGUCUGAGGUGUAGUUGGUCCCGAGCGCGGGAGAGCGUCGCAGUGCAUGCUGGAUCUUGUAGUCCCCGCGCCGGCGGCGAGGGCGUGUCUCGCGUGGCAUGCUGGGAGUUGAAGUCCAACUGCUGCACAGGCGUCGUGCUUUAUCUGAGAGACUCUGCCUGCAGGUGGAUACUUUCUCUCGGUUCUGCCUUUGCCGCAUUGAUGGGAGAGAGAGGGGUGGCGAAUGAGCGUGAAAGAGGGCUGGAUGAAGUUAGCGCAGCAGAGGCCUGUUCGCCGUUGCGAUCGCAGCCGCCCAUCGACGGGCGGGUGCCCCGGAAGGAGCGACCGCAGGGCUUUAAGGGGCGGGCGCCGGCCGCAGCUACGGUGGCCGCGGAGGGCGGGGAUACCUGUAGCCUGGGCGCCGAGCGGGCCGCGGCUGCGGGGGUGAGGGCUGCUUUUGCGCUGGCUGCUGCUGGCGCUGGAGCUUCCCGGUGUUGGGUAUUGAAAACAAAGACGUAUUUUAGUAGAAAUUCCCCUGUAUUACUACUUGGAAAAUGUUACCAUUUUAAAUAUGAAGAUGAAAAUGAAAUGUUAUCUGCAAGAUCAGAAUGUACAAUAGAAGAUCACGUAAUUGCGGGAAAUGUAGACGAAUUUCGUAAAGAUUUUAUUUCUAGAAUAUGGCUGACUUACAGAGAAGAAUUUCCUCAAAUAGAAGGCUCAGCUUUGACAACAGACUGUGGUUGGGGUUGUACGUUGAGAACUGGCCAGAUGCUGUUGGCUCAAGGACUCGUACUACACUUUCUUGGUAGAGCUUGGACCUGGCCUGAUGCUUUGAAUAUUGAAAAUUCAGACACUGAAUCAUGGACUUCCCACACUGUAAAAAAAUUUACUGCAUCAUUUGAAGCAUCGCUUUCAGGGGAAAGAGAACUCAAAACCCCAACAAUUUCUCUGAAGGAAACAAUGAGGAAAUAUUCUGAUGAUCAUGAAACGCGAAAUGAGAUUUAUCACAGGAAAAUCAUCUCUUGGUUUGGUGAUUCCUCCUUGGCUUUCUUUGGCUUGCACCAACUAAUAGAAUAUGGAAAGAAAUCUGGGAAACAAGCAGGAGAUUGGUAUGGACCAGCUGUGGUUGCACACAUUUUAAGAAAAGCAGUUGAAGAAGCAAAACAUCCUGAUUUACAAGGACUAACGAUUUAUGUUGCCCAAGAUUGUACAGUUUACAGUUCUGAUGUAAUUGAUAAGCAGAGUGCUUCCAGGACCUCUGGUAAUGCAGAAGACAAAGCUGUUAUUAUUCUGGUUCCAGUUAGACUUGGUGGGGAAAGAAGCAACGCUGACUACUUAGAGUUUGUAAAGGGUAUUUUAAGCCUUGAAUAUUGUGUGGGUAUUAUUGGUGGCAAACCUAAACAGUCAUAUUACUUUGCUGGAUUUCAAGAUGACAGUCUGAUUUACAUGGAUCCUCAUUACUGCCAACCUUUUGUAGAUGUCAGCGUAAAGGAUUUCCCUCUCGAGGUAGAAUACGGUGGCAUCAUCACAGCUCACAGCAACCUUAAUCUCCUGGGCUCAGGCAAUCCUCUUGCCUCAGCCUCCCCAGUAGCUGGGACUACAGACAUUCCACUGCCCUUCUCCCAAAAAGAUGUCAUUUCGAAAAAUGGAUCCGAGCUGUACAAUAGGAUUUUACUGUCGAAAUGUUCAGGACUUUGAACGAGCAUCUGAAGAAAUCACCAAGAUGAGGAAACAGAUGUGGCCCCGAAAGAAAAAUUUACUUGCCCAAGUUACACAGCUAUGUAUGACAGAGAUGUGAUGAGAACAUAGUUUGUUCUGUUAGCUGGAAAUUUAAAGAGUUUUGUGUUGAGAAAUGUUAAUA